AGCGUUACUUUCUUCCUAGGGCAUCCUUCCUCUCAAAAAAAAAAAAAAAAAAAUCUAGUGCUACUAAAAGCAAAAAAAUUCUAGUGUUUGUUGUUUUUUUUUGCUAGAAACUUGUUCAUAUACAAACGAUGGGAGCAGCUGGCUAUAUCUUUAUUCUAAAUACGACCUUAUCGAAAACAAAAGUGUCCCUAACCAGGCCCUUAACCCCAUGUCUCUAUAAUCCCAUCUUCAAGAAAUACAGCCAAGGAAGCAAAGGGUACGAGGAUAGGCAUGAAAGUGGUACAGAAGAAAGAGCACCUUCAACAGCAGAGGUAAUAGAAAAGAUGGCUGAGGAGAGGCUCCGAAAGGCUGACCAUUCAGUGUUUGAUGAUAAGACAUUUGAUGGAGCUGAAGAGGCCACUUUGGGUGAACCUAAGCCUGAAUCUGUCAACAAAGACAGGGACCAACAGCCUGGUGCCGUAAGAGAUGAUGAUCUGGUGUCUUCUCAAGGAUGACUAGAACUUUUCCCUUUUACUUGAAUCAAUACAGGUAGCCAUACUAUUUCACCUGAGAAGACAAGGUGAUGAGUGGUUAAAUAAUUAACGUUGAAUAAGAAGUGUUUCCCAAGUUCCAAUUUCCAUUUGAUGUAUUGUAGCUUAAUUUUUGAUUUAAUAAGAACAAGUUUACAAGUAGGGCAAUAUAUGAAGUUUUUCUAGACAA